AUACAUUUGACAAUGGUAGUGAAGCCAGAAUACUAACAAAUGCCAUCAACAGUGGAUAUUUUGCUUCGCCUCUUGGGGUCGUUGUGUCCCGUAUGUUUAACCAGUAUUCAUCCCAGUGAAGUUCAGGCUUUGCCUUUGGCUCAAGUGCAUGUUGUCUCCACUCCAUAUCAAGCUUAAUUGUUGAGGUCGAUGGUAUCUUUCAAGUAUGGUAAUUUCUGACAAAUGCUUCUCAAUGAACGAGGCUUGAGUGCAGCGGCAUUGGACGGUAAAAGGCACUGAACGAUUUCGUGAACUGGAUCAUCUAAGUCAAAUCGACUUUGGAUUUGUAGAAUGCUCUCGAUGAGAAAAUUCUUACAGGUCGUUAGGAAGUUAUCAACAUCAGCUUUCCCUGCCACGCUAGCAAUUUCGUGGAUAGUAGCCGUCGCUCCAAGGCCAACGUAGGUCUCGCUUGAUGGUACGUGUUGGUUGACGUCAGUUGGGUUUAGCUUGUUUGGCGACGUUGACUUUACGAUGUCGAUUUUCAUAAAGUCACAGGCAAUUGACUUGAUAAGGCUUUCUAUUUCUGGUUUUAGCAUGUGGAGGAGAGGACGCUCGCUCUGAAACAAUCUGUUAAAUGCAUUAAGACGCUCGAGUUGAUAGCUUAAGAACUCCAGAUACGCCUGGGUAAAACGAUUCUGUAAUGAUGCCAAAAUGCGAUCGUUUGAGUGUGAUGGGUCUUCGUUGGCUGUCAAGGUGAAAUAGCGGGUCAACGCUUCGAACUGUUCAAGUAGUCGGUUUACGCACUCUUGUAAAGAAAGCCACCGUGUAUGCGCGGGUGAUAGAAUCUUGAGCGGUUGGGCAUUAAAAAAGGCCUGGAACUCUUUAUACACGUCUUGCCUUUUAGAAGAUCGACUGAAAUGCGCAUAUACAUCUCUGCAUAGAUCCUCCACACCUUUGGGUAGUUUUAAUGCAGCAUGAGAUGAUACGAGAUGGAUAAGGUGACAUGAACACUUCACGAGUUGGACGUAGCUAAACUCUGAUUCGAGUAACUGCGAAACGGAGUUAUACUGUCCAAACAUCACAUUUGUGGUAUCGGAUGAGUAACCUAUGAUGUUCCUCAUAGGAAUGUUGUGCUGUAGAAAGGUUUCUUUCAUCUUUGCAUAGAUCCCAGUUGCACUACCAUCUUCAGUUUCGAUCAUAUCUACCAACCAGUACUGAACCUCGAACUUCUCAAUGUCAAAAAACGUAGCAAUGAUGGCCAGUUGCUUUUUGACACUUUUGUCCGUUGCUUCAUCGAUGAUUACACUAAACUUUCGUGAUCGCAACAAUGCCACCAUUUCCUUGAGGUAAUCAAAACCGAGCACUUGGCGAACGAUGUUCGUGGCCUUCUGCUUUCCAAGUUUUAAAUAACUUAACGCAGCAUCAUUUGGAAAAAGAGAUCGAAGUAGUUCGACUAUGUCUUCCGAGAUUGACAAUGGCAAGUUAUGCUGGGUAAUAAACGCACAUAAUUUUAUUUCCAUCGAAGUCGUCGCAUCAGAGUUUGUUGUUUGACGCAUUAGUUGGGCGAUGGAGCCAGUUGUCGCGGACAUCUUUAUCCUUGCUUGAUGUUUUUGGCUCGCAGCAUGUCGUUAAAUAGCGGUCAUAGAACAAGUGAGCCAAUUCGUGCAAAGUUUACAGAAGGGUUUCAUUUCCCCGCUUGGUGCCGUUUUCUUACUAAGCCAGUUCUUGAACUCGGUGACUUGCAGCCAAUUGUCCUUAAACACCCGUUUCCGUGGUGGACACUUACGUUUUCUCGGUUUUGCAGAUGUUGCCGACGUGGACUGUUGUUCAACAUGACUUCUAUCAGUGCUGUCACUCUCACUGGUCUCACUUGCAGAUCCCGAAAAUGUUUCUAAAUCGUCACUAUACAUCUUUAAAUAAGUUUAUGAUUAACUCUCAUCUUGCAGUAAAUUCAACAGAAACCUGCAGAAAAGUAUGUUUUGCAGCUGCUGUAACGGGAUAUCAAUUAAAAACAAAUAAGUAUUUGGAAAAACCGAGAAAAGUAAAGAAAUUUCGAAUUUGUGAAUUUCCUUUAAAUUUCCUUCGAACUUCCAAAAUUUCCUCCAAAUUUCCUCCAAAUCCGAAUUUCCUUAUAAUUUCCUCCAACUAGAACCAACUAGUUAAAAUUUCCUCUAAAGAGGAAAUUUCCUCCAAAAUGGAAGCACUGCUUUGAGGGCCGCUUGGGCCUGGGGACGAGGAUGUUGAAAAACAACCAAUCAGAGCCCGACUUUCACCGGUGUUUCCCAGAGCCUCAGCAAGCCUCCACAGAGGAUUGCGGGCUUUGGUUUCGAGAUUGGAUCAAGUUUCAUCGAAAAAGGUAUUUUCACACAGUGUCUCAAUUUUUACCAAGUUUAAACCAGUAUAGACUGUAUGUUUGCACUGGAAAACAUACGUGUGCCUUGGUAUCUUUUUGACAGACGUUCCUUGCCCAACAGUGGGGAUUUUGACGACAAAAUUUUAAAAAUGUCAAAAUUCCCCUGGGUUGCCUGCACCCCCCCCCCCCCGUGCAUUAGGUUUAAAGCCACGAGCGUGCAGCGUGAGUGGCUUUAGACCAGGGCGAUUCUUUAGACCUAAUAAAACACGACCUGCGAGUUUAUUAAACGGCUUCAAACACAAGUACACAACUACAAUUCAACAUGACAUUCGAUAUCGUGUAAAUUAACUAAUUUCAAUCACUCAAAAGUCAAAAUGAUAAAUACAGCCAUUUCCUUUCUCCCAAAUGAAUUAGAAAAAAACAAACCAUGCAGGUCACAUUAGGUAACGGUACCUUUAUGGUUAUCUGCCCACAAACCAACAAACACAUCUCAGGGCACUCCAAAACAAUACUUUCCUAACAGCUAUAUAGCCACACUACCAAUAAAUAUUAAAUACAAUUUGCCAAGAAUUAUAAACUAUAAAUUUCUCCGCUGCUAUUCUAUAGGAUUUUUUAAAAUUUUCAUAUCUUGCACAAAUUUAUCUCUUUGAAUUAUUCGAAUUUUAAUGUUAAAAAAAUUACUUGAACUGUACAGUCCGUAGAUGGGUAGGGAUAAAACGCUGAAACCGAAUCGCGGAAACGGAAACUGAAAGCAGAAACUGAAAUGGGGAUAAAACGCUGAAAUGGGGGAUAAAACGCUGAAAUAGGGAUAAAACGUUGAAAUGGGCAAAUGUAACUUCUUGCAACCUGCAGUACAGUCACAGGGCCGUCCUCAGGAAAUUCUUCAGGGGGGGUGUAAUUCAAUUCAACCGACGGGUUCAAAUAAAUUUUUCCGGAACAAAAUUUUUUCGGCGACCUCCCUCCCCCCCCCUUCAGCGUUUUACCCCCAUUUCAGCGUUUUAUCCCCAUUUCAGCGUUUUAUCCUCAUUUCAGCGUUUUAUCCCCAUUUCAGCGUUUUAUCCCCAUUUCAGCGUUUUAUCCCCAUUUCAGUUUCCGCUUUCAGUUUCCGCGAUUCGGUUUCAGCGUUUUAUCCCUACCCGUCUGUGGAUGUUGUAAAUUGCAAUGACCUUUCAAUACCUGGAGGUCCUCUCCAAAAAAUAUUUAUUUUUGAAGCUUGAUUACUACUUUUCUUGCAUUUUCUGUAGCGAUCGAAAAAAUCUACCAAUUUUAAGGGCAUAUAUUCUGAAACUUUGCAUUAAAGUCGUAAUUGUACAGCUCAUAUUUUAGAACGGUCAUAUAAUGAAUGGAUUUAGAACUUCACAUUUUGUGUAGAGUUUCCACGAUAAUAUUAGAGACCUUAAGAUCUAGGACCGCAACGUGACGGCGACGGCUAGUAAUACAAUAAAAUUAAUAAUAUUUAAGAAAAGAAAUGAACAAUUAAAAUCCCACGGGAGAUUUAGACGUCGUCCACGAUCUGUGUACAACCGGUGAACCAGAGCUUUUACGUCCUGUGUACAACGUUUGCAUUUUAGUACGUAAGAAGUGGAUACUCAGCAAAUUGGUUCAGUACUAAUGUGGAAUUCUACUCAAUAAAAAGCCUCUGUUUUGAUCUCUUCAAGCUGUUUUAAAUUCAUACGAUUGAUAAUAUAUGAUAAGAUUUCAUUACAAUCAUUUAUUUGGGUGAAUUUGUUUUGGCCCUCGUCAUCGCUUUGCCAUCCUACAUCUUAAGGCCGUUUUCCAUUAACAUUCGCUUUGCCCGCGCGGGCAAAGCGUUCAUUAGGGAGCUUUAGAUUUGACUACGAGUACGAGAUUUGAUCGCGUGCGAGGAAAUUACCGUAUUCGUUUUCGUUUCCAUUGAAAUGUUGCUUUUAUAACAGUAAACCAACAACUAGAGAAAAAGUUUCAUAAACUAAAUCUCCUGCCGACUAAAAUCCCCUACAAAACGUGUAAAUAAGUCAUAACAUUAAAAACAGGCCAGAUAUUUAGCACUAACAUAUUAUUUGCGCCGGAUAAACGCUAUAUAAAUGCUACAAAUUAUUUUUGGAAAACAAAAAAAAGUCAACUUUCUUUGUUUUUUUUUGAAAAGUCGUCGUGAGGACUACGAGGUUUCUCCACAAUUUCGUACUCAGAUGGGCGACGGCUAUGACUUUUUCGCGUCAAUACGGGAUGGCGUAAGCAUACAGCAUGCGUUUAGCUUGACGAAUCUCGUACUCGUAGUCGUACUCGUAGUCAAAUCUAAAGCUCCCUAUUGUUUUUGACGCCCGUCACGCCCGCGUGAGCAGAUUUUCAAAGCCCGCUCCGCCCGCGCGGGCAAAGCGACUGCAAUGGAAACCGGCCUUAAAGGUCCUUAAUUUAAUGACGGAACUCAACUCAUGCACAUUUUUCCACGCACAGUCAAGAAUUCAAUCAUGCAAACCACCAAAAUCCGGUGUUUCGCGGGUGGUCCACGAAAAUGGUCCACGAGUGUAGUCCACGGACCUAGUCCACGGACCUGGGGUCCGCGUUUUGUCGUUUCCCUGGAGAAAGUACUGGAAGAACUCACAUGCACAUCACCAUAGUACAUUGAUCUUAACCAUUCAUAUACAAAUACUCAUUCUUUGUAAGAGUUGUUCAACCGUGGAACGCUUUGCCUAGUCAUGUUGCGGAAGCUGAAAAUCUUGCUAAGUUUAAGAGUCAGCUCAAGCUGCACAUGAACUUGUUUUAAUUAAUUAAUCACUAAAUUAUUAUAAUAACAUUAAUUUUCUCAUUAAUUUUGUAUAUAUUAGUCGCUAGUUUUUAUUAUUUGGGGGAUCUUAUCAUAGGGCUAACCUCUAGAUUCUCCAGCAAGGACCUUGAUACUUUCUUUAUUAUAUUAUUAUUCCUAUAAUGUAUUAAGGUACCUUGAAUAAAUUUCUUGAUUGAUUGAUUCAUCUUGUAUUCUAAGGCCACGACGAGCUUUCGAAAUACAGAAGUGGAAUAAAAAUUGGGAUUUUCGUGAGCCAAACUGUGUGCCAAGGCAUAGGACUCCUGAUAAACACAGCGUCCCAAGCCUAACGAACACAAGAACACAGCGUCCCAAGAAGAACACAGCGUUCGAAGAAGAAGGAGAACACAGCAUCCCAAGCCUAGCUGAGAUAGAAGAACACGGCAUCCCAAGCCAAGCUGUUCGAGAAGAACACGGCAUCCCAAGCCUAGCUGAAUAUUUUGGACCAGCUGAACGUUUCGCAGAAGAACACAGCAUCCCAAGCCUAGCUGAACAUUUUGGAGAAGUUGACGGGCAAAAGCAAGGUUUGGUUAAACCCACUGCUACCAGGCAUUUGUUGUUUAUACGACACGGACAGUAUGUGAAGGCUGAAGAAGAUGAGAAGAAAGUUCUGACAUCUUUGGGAAGGUUUGUUUGUUUCUAAUUGUUCAUUUUCAUUUGCAUGCAGCCCUGGCGGGGGGGGGGGGAUGGAAGGUGGCAAGGUUUAUAAUGUCGAGGUCUUAUAACCAUAUUUCUGAUGAAGUGUGCAUUGAAAACUAUAUGUUUUAAAAAAAUAUUUAUUUAUUGUUUUGCUCAAAAUAACAUUUGUGGGCGUGGCAUCAAAAAGUUGUGUUACUUGUGAGAUUUUACAUUUGGCUGCCCCGCAUAGGUUCUAUUGUGGCAAAAUGUCUCCAGUAAAGGAAUUAGAUGCAUACAUAUUACAGCCAAGGCUGGAUUUUGGUGACAAUAGUGGGGGAGGUGGAAAAAUAUUUAGGGGAGGUGCAUGCAGCGGUCCAGCUCACGACUCCCAUGGGGUCUAGCUCACGAUCCCCAUGGAAACUUAGGGUUUAGAACGGGCCAAAGUCAACAACGUGACGUAUGUAUGUAGUGUACAUACAUGUAUAUCAGUGUAUUAAUCAGUUAUGACUCUAUAACUCAUCCAAUCAUGCCCUUCAUUACAAUUGCUACAAAGUUUCUUUCAAAACAUUGCAUUAAAAGGGUACUUAAGGUGGCUCCCUGCACUUUUUUAAAUUAAAGAUUUUCUGAUUUGGAUAUGAUUUUCUGGACAAUUAUUACUUGUUUAAAAACAAAGAGUAUCUGACUUGGCAUAACACAAUAACUAAAGAGUUCGGAAUUUUUCACAAACUACUGCUAACAGCCGUUGCUAUGGCAACAAUGACAUCACAACAUGGCAGAUAUUAUAUGUUUAAAGUAAUUUAACUCGUAAAAAAGGUCGGUUACCCCCAUUUUUAUUUCAUAAAAUAAUUUCUAUUGGAAUUUUGAAUAAUUAAAAUGUGAAAACUCAUAAUAAUUUUUUUUUGCCAUUACAGAAUUUUUUAAAAUCAUGAAAAUAAUUCAAAAUACUAAAAUAAAUCAUUUUAUGAAAUAAAAAUGGGGGUAACCGAACUUUUUUCGAGUUAAGUUACUUUAAACAUAAAAUAUCUGCCAUGUCGUGAUGUAUUGUUGCCAUAGCAACGGCAGUUAGGAGUAGCUUUUUUCAAAUUCCGAACUCCUUAUUGUGUAAUACCAAUCGGAUACUCUUUGUUUUAAAACAAAUAAUAAUUCUCCAAAAAUUCAUAUCCAAAUCAGAAAAUCUUUAAUUUUUAGAAAAGUGUAGCGAGCCACCUUAACCCAGAGAUGAAUGGCUACAACUGUUUCAAUUUUACAGAAAAAACUUUCUUACGAAGUGUAGACCAUAACUAACCAAAAAAUAUUUUCACUUUGAUCUAUCAUUGAAACUUUCCCAAGGGGAGGUGCAUGACUUUUCAGGGGAGGUGCAAAAAUUCUCAGGGGAGCUGCAAAAAUUCUCAGGGGAGGUGCAAAAAUUCUCAGGGGAGGUGCAAAAAUUCUCAGGGCAGGUGCAAAAAUUCUCAGGGCAAGUGCAAAAAUUCUCAGGGGAGGUGUGCACCUCCCCUCAAAAUCCGGCCAUGCAAAACAAUUACGUUUCACACGCAAAACAGCAAGUUUUGAUUCACAAACUUCAGGGAAGAAACGUUUUGAAACCUAAUAAUAAUAAUAGCUAGGGCAGGCUGGCGUAAUGCUCAUUGGGUAGGGUUAGUUCAAAUUACAGGGGUGGAAAAAGUAUCGGAACCCAGAAAUUUUUUUGAGUUGAGAGUUUUGCAGAAAAUUUUCCGGAAAAUAUUUCAACAUUUUGAGAUAACUCUGUUUACUCAACUUACAAGUUACAACUAUUCUACUUUAUUUACGCUGUACACGCUAACAUCAGCAGCUUUUAAAUAUUUGACAGAAAUUAAUUCUUUUACCCACCCCUGCCAUCACAAUGACUGGUAAAAUGGUAAAUAUAUGCUCUGCAAAGUCUCCAAUAAAAUGCAAAUUAAAUAGUAAACAAAUAAAAGUGAUGGAAUAAAUAAGAUGAUAGGACACUUAGUUAAGCGUUAGAUCCUUACUAUGAUGCUUGUGAUGUUACUCUGAGUGUGUAUCCACACCGGGCAAGCUUGAAAAAUAUGCCUGUCCACGGUGGGAAUCGAACCUAUACGACCUUUGGAAUACUAGAUUACAUUGAUGCCGAAGGAACUAAACUCAGUUCCGAAAUAUCACAUACUCGAACCGACCUGACCGCGUAGCUCAGUUGGCAGAACAUUGGGCUAGUAAUCCAAAUGUCGUAGGUUUGAUUCCCAUCGUGGCCAGGCAUAUUUUUCAAGUUUGCCCGGUGUGGAUAUAUACUCAGAGUAACAUCACAAACAUCAUAUUCACCUUAGUACAUAACACCAACACAGAAAAAAUCAAGAUCCUUACUAGUUGGUCAUAACUCAUAACCGUGGUAUAUAACAGACAACUAUUUUGAUGUACAAGCGUACGAAAACCAGCCUAAAGCCCAUUAUUACUAAAGGACAAAUAAUACAAUAAUUAUGCAUUUUUGUUAUUUUUGUAAUUGUAACAUUACAAAUUUUACAGAAAAUUUCUAGCCUUCGACCCAGGUUCCCAGAAAGAAAAAAACAUUUUCCACCCCUGGUUCCAAAACUGAGGGCCCCCGACAGUUAGGGGCCCCAUCAGCCACGGCCUAUCGCCCAGAAAAUUAGAAAACGUAAAAGAUGCAGGUUAAGAAUCAAUGGGAAAAUGCAAAAUUAAUAAUGCUAAAGAAUGAAACCUCCAUCGACAACGGUGGCUGAUUUUUUUAUUCCCUCUCUUCGUCCGUUAUGCCACUGAGGGCAGGAUCUACAGAUUCCAGUUGACCAAUAACCUGAUAACAUAAACUUAGGUACAGGUACCAUAGUAUUCUAUAUAAUAAGUUGUUGUAGUUUGUUGUGGUGUUGUUGAUGCAACUAUUUUGUGUCUGAACUACUUUAUGUAGAAUCUCAAAUAUGAUAGAUUAGCAGAUAUAAAUUGUUGUAUUAAUAUAUGUUUUAAUUCUCCAACUAAAUUAGGCAACAAGCAGGAGAAACAGCCAACAGGUUAAAAAUGUUACACUCAAAUAAUAACAAGAUUGAUAAAAUUGUUGUAUCAUCAAUGGUCCGAGCGAGGGAAACUGGUGAAAUCAUUCGAAACCAACUAUCGGGCGUCCCAUAUGAAUAUUGCGACUUCUUAACAGAGGGUGCACCGUGCAUACCUGAGCCACCAUCAUCGUCAUACAAACCUGAAAGUUAUGUAAGCAUCAAUAUAAGUUUAUUUUAAGUUCUUUGUAUGUUUGCAUGGCGAUAUAACAUAUAAUAGUUUUGUUUGUGGAAACACCACGUAAAUUUAUUACUGCAAAGCUUUCGAUCCGUAAGCCCGGAUCUUCAUCAGUGCUAAUAAUAUAAUAAUAAAUUUAUUUUACUCGUCAAAGGGAGAGCGCUGGUGCUUAAUGGGUGAAUCAGACUAUCUGCCUAUGUGUCUAGUUAACCCAUUAAGUUGCAUUGAGCCCCAAUGUGCCCUACUUUAUCAUUUCACUCUGUCUAACACCAGACGAUUUUACUCGUCAAGGGGAGACAAAAGUCCCCAGCAAAAGGCACUUGGUAUAUUUUAACCUUGCGAAAAUAAAUAUGGUUGAUUUGGUCUAAUUUCAUUUUUUGAGGAGGAAAGUGCUCGUAUUGAAGCGGCAUUCAGAAAAUAUAUCCACAGAGCUGAGCUGGAACAAAAGACUGACAGUACAGAGGUCUACGUUGGUCAUGCUAAUGUUAUACGAUACUUUGUGUGCAGGUAAGAUUAAAGUACUGCUUUCAUAUUUCACUCAUACUUACGCCCAGUUAUUAUACAAGGGGGCAGCAAUUUUUGCAACUUGCAACACAUUUCUGACGUGGAGCCGUAUUACCUAUAAGAAGUUAGUUGUUGCAAGGAAUAUGUGAGCAUAGCCCGCCAUUUACUCUGCUGACAUUUUUUAUCCCAUUUCAUUUUUCAUCCCAUUUAGCCUGCUGACAGGCUCUGCUUUUGCAGGCUAAUGGAAUUGCAGUCCAUGCUAAUAUCUGUGACUACCUUUUUGAUAACAUGGCUCUAUAUCCAACACACACAACUAAUUUACCAUCAUGCAUUUGAAACGUCAACAUAAACUUCAAUUGCUUUGGAAAAGUAUAUGAAAUAAUAUAUAUUUUUUAUUAAUCUUCUUUUGUUGAGCGCAAAAAAAUUUACUACCAGUUUAGUAAAGAAAAUUCUGUUUAAAAAAAUGUUUAUUUUAUAUUUUUGUGUGUUAGUGUUAUGUAUUCAGGUGAAUAUCCACACCGGGCAAGCUGAAACGUUUGCCUGACCACGGUGGGAAUCGAACCAGCGACCUUUGAGAUACUAGUAUAUUGUUUUUUAUUUACUCAACAGCUUUAAUAUGGCAAGUAGAUAAUAUUGACAACAUUGUACAUAACUUACAUAAAUAAUUACAUUGAACAAGAAUAUGGAGAAUACUGAAUAAUAACUAACUUUAAAAAAUUCAUUAAUAAUUCACGAGGAAAAUACAAAAGAAAUGAAUGUUUAAUCAAUGUUUGUAAAUCGGAUAAAGAUUUGUCCUGAUUUACAUAAACUUCAGCUUUGAUUUUCUCGACUUAGACAAUGUUUAUUUUUAAAAUUACUUCGCCAAUGAACUCAUAGUAUGGGUCAUUUUUUAAGUACGAUAAAACAUUCGCUUCCGAUCUGUAUCUGAUAUACAAAAUCUCGCCUUCGGAUUCGAUCGAAGGUACCAAACGUGGUGAAACACAAACGAGACUGGGUCCCAUGCAUGGUGCACACCACUAGAUGAGAUAGUAUAGGAGAGCAAGAAAAUAUAGAAUAGACAAAUGGAAGGUAAAUGGAGCUACAAUCCUAUGCAAAAUAAACGAUACACUCCAUGCUCCCGCACCCUUCUCAAUGUUGGUUAGUGAUUGUUAGCAAUGGGGGAAAGGGGGAUAGGCCUUACAAAAUCAUGAUGGCACUUUUUAUUUUGCAAGAAAUUGUAGGUAAGUCAGGGGUGUAGGCAGUAUACCAGUUCGGUGGAGGUAAGUCUUGUGUGGGUAUGAUUUAAAGGUGGAGAGAGUGUCAUGGCAGUUGGAAGGAGCAGAUUUACAUACAUAGUUCCACAGUUUCACAAUAUUAUAUCAAUUGGGCUGUUAGUACCAAUACAAAAAUAUAUUUAUGAUUUUUAGAGCAUUGCAAUUCCCACCAGAAGGCUGGCUGCGUAUGAGUAUAGACAACUGUGGUAUCACUCGGCUCACUAUCAAACCGAAUGGUCAUGUCAGCCUACAAAGCAUGGGCGACACAGGUCAUUUACAUCCAAAGCUCAUCACUCGAAAUUGAUGGUUUGAUAAAUAAUGAAAUUAGAUUUAUUUUCGUAAUUGGUGGUUUUCAGUAUAAGCCGUGAUAAGAUGGUUGUCCAAACUGUAAAGUUUUGGCUGUGGAGGAAAUUAAUUUCCUGCGCAAAACUUCUUGCAGUUAUGAAAAUCUGCGC